GUGAGCUGUGAUUGGUCACAGCUUGUCACAUGGUACAAGGCUGUUGUGAAUAGCCUUGUACCAUGUGACCUCUGUGAUCAUUCACAGAUUUCAAACGUAGUAAGCAGUGAUGUCAGAAGUGACAUCUUGCUUACUACUCUGCAUGUUAUCACUGAUUGGCCAAUCAGUGAUCACAUGAUCGGGAACUCGUAUAGAGGUCCCGUCCGACGAUCGCUCUUUCACUGUGUCCGGAGGACAGGGAGCGUGCACAAGCAGGCUGUUGCAUAUAAACGGCCGGACGAUGGCACUGCAGGGUCGGGUGGCCGUUUAUAA